AUGGCUGCCGCUUAUACUAUUUUUGGUAGACAACUUUCAAUCGCAACUUUAGGUUCUGUUGCAGCUAUUGUAGCAUGGCCAAGAGCUCCAAAGGCCCCAGUUGUUACUCCAGCUGUUUCUACUACUACUGCUCCAGCUGUCAAAGAAGAUGACUUUGAUUUAGAAAAGUUCAUCAAGUAA